AUGGACGAGCUCUACCGCGGCCACCUCGCCCCCCAGCCCCCCUCGGCCACAAACAUCACCCGCAGCAUCCACCCAGACGCCGCACACCUCCCAGAGGAGGUCGUCGACCUGAACGCCCGCAACCACAACUACAGGGUCAUCGCUUCCAACGACAACGCUCAUUCACCCAGCCCAGGAUCGGGCGCCUCGUUCGCUGCAAACAUGGCCCCGCCACCGCCACCCCCACCGCCAGAGGUCACUGUCAAUAUCAACACCGACGACCAUCCCCAUCGAUCCCAGCGAGGCGGCUGGUUCUGGAUGCGAUGGCCCAAGCCCCAUCCCCUGUUGUGGAUCAUCCUCGCCAUCAGCGUGCUGGCUCUCGUCCUCGAGGUCCCCAAGGGCUCCCUGCCCACCUUCAGUGGCCGCCACAAGGCGCUUCGAGCACAGGAAAAGGUCGUCCAAGAGAAACUCCAGCUUCUCACAAAGCUCUCCACCUUUCUCCCUCCGCCUCUCGCUGCUCUGGUCGCCCCCUUUGACCCUGCCAACCCUACUGCCACGUCUCUGCUUGCCUUGCCCGAUUACCACCAGCUCGAGCUCCUCCGUCUGGCUCCGACCUUGCGUUUCUGGAACACUGGCCUUGCCCAGCCGUUCGGUGUGGGUGUGGGCAAUGACGGCCAGCAGUGGUGGUCUGUCGAACAGCUUGGCGAGGGUGCUAGCGUGGUGAGGAGCAAGGGCGAAGGGCAGGACAGGGAAGUUUGGGUUCUUCGAAUCCCCGGCGAGCUCAAUGAGGAAACCCCGCAAACUGCCGCCCUCACCCAGGCGCUCACACACUCGCUUCUCCUCCGAGGCCACCUCUCCACCGAGAUCCACCAACUCAAAUCCACCCCCUGCCCCGUCUGCCCCGCCCCGCCUCCUCCCCAGCUCAACCACCAGUACUCUCCAUCCGGGCGCAGGUCUGCCGAGCACGAGUAUCUCGUAGUCGUCGAAGAGGAAGAAUUCGAAGCUGCUAGGCAGAGGGACGAGUGGGAAAAGUAUGAGGAAAAGCGAAGGAGGGACAAGGAACGGGAGAAGGAGGUGGAGGAGAGGGAGCGAGAAGUUGCGAGGAGGGAGAAAUGGGUCGUCGAGGAGAUGCGCAAGAUGAGCGACAAGAUCCAGCAAGUUUGA